CUGCCCUGAGCAGCCCGAGGAGCCUACUCGGUCCCGGCCCUGCCCCAGCCCGCGGUCUGCAAAGUCUGGGCAAGGCGGGCAGGCUCCGAGCUGUCUGCGGGAGACACUCCCAGCAACCUGGGCCUCUUGCCACCUGGCUCCCAGCACCCCGUUUCCCAAAACACCCCGAGACCCUGAGAGUCUUGACUUAGGAGCAGCUGCUGCCAAGCCAGGCCUGGUUUAAACCCUGCUUCCUGGCGAGAGGACCCUGGGCACCCACCUUCACCUCUCACAGCCUCAGUUUCCCCAUCUGCAAGAUGGGGGUAACAGCGGGCGGUGCCUCCCUCAUUUGGUUGCCGGGGCCAUUCACGUCCAGGUCCAGUGGGUUAUUACUCUGCUCCCUCAUCAGGCCUGAGCUGUCACCCAGCCCCCACUGCACUGUGCGCCUCCUCUUAUCUCUCAGCCCAGUGAGUUUCCGUGCCAGCCUUUCUGCCCCGGGGCGAGCUGUGUGUCCUGGGUGGGGAGCAGAGUAGGAGGGGACUGGGAGCCAGAGGCACCGGCCUGGCAUCCCGGUGGCCCUGCUAAAGCUGGACCCUCCCUCAGACCCCUCCAGGGCUGGCACUGCGACAUGCAAGAGGUGGCCCUGAGCCUGCUCGUCCUCCUGGCAGCAGGCCUGCCUGCCCUGGACGCCAACGACCCUGAAGAUAAAAACAGUCCUUUCUACUAUGACUGGCACAGCCUCCGGGUCAGCGGGCUCAUCUGUGCGGGGCUUCUGUGCGUCAUGGGCAUCAUCGUCCUCCUGAGUGGGAAAUGCAAAUGCAGGUUCCGCCAGAAGCCCAGCCACCGACAAGCGGACACCCCACCUCUCAUCACUCCAGGCUCUGCCCCUAACUACUGAGGAUCAGCUGUAAGAGCACAGAGGGCUGCUCUCUUUCCCCAAGUACCUGCUCGGCACAGGGGCCUGAACUCCAGGAUGGAAUUCUCCCUCCUCUCCUCAGACCGCCUUGCCAGGGCCUCAUCCCACCUCUCAUUGGGGUCUCUUUGUUCAAUUUUUUAUCUGAAAUGAUCUUGCCUCCUG